ACUCUCUCACCUCCUAAACUAUCGCGCACAGAACUAACUAACUAAGGGUCAUGACAGGAGUAUAUAUCAACCACAAGCGAUAGACGAUAAACUAUGAAGUCUUCACCCCCCCCCAUCUCACUCCAAAGCAAACACACAAAGUAAUAACGGAAAAAGACAAACUUCUGCCGUCAAAUCACAGCCUCCGCCAGGCUUUUUCUUCUUUUCCUCCGUUCGUCGCCUUCCUUCCAUAAGGAUCCAAACCUCCGCGCUCCACUACCGGAGCGCUUUCCCGGCGCCAAACUGCUUUUCCGGAAGCCAAAGUACGUCCCCGGAAAACCAAUCAAACAAAGAAAAAUACUAACUACUGCACAAACAGAGAAAACGAUGUCCUCCCAUCCUUCCCUUUGCCCGGUAUGCUUUCCCUUCCCCUUCUCGGAAAUCCUCUCGCUGACAAAAGGAAACAAACAAACAUAACAGGUUCUUCCAGAACCUUUCAUCUUCCGCGGUGUCCUUCCUUCUACGCCUACCUAUCGCGCCUUCCUUUCGCGCACACUCCCGGUGCCUUAGCGCUCCCCCAAUAACCAAAGCGCGCUCCCGGGAAACUAACAAAGCAAAACUAACUAGCAUGCAAACAGAAAAAGAAACCACCAUGCAGACAAAUCAGCAAACGAACAAACGAACGAGCAACGGGGAAACGGGAGGAAGGAAAGAAAAGAAAGGAAGGAGUGGUAGGGGGCGAGGGAGAAAGGAAGGGGGGGGGAGCAUGCCAAGCAGCAUGUCGGGAUUUUCAACAAGAACCGAUCCCCCGACACCCACGGCCCGGUUGGCUGCGGCACCGUGAUGCCUCUUCCAGGGCCCACGGUUGGGAAUCCAAGAUAGAAUCUGUAAUCUUUUAUCGGUAUUAUAGCAAUAGUAGGGUAGACGGCGGUGUGCGUGUUUCUCUAGUUGUAGCUAUUGGAGAUAUUAAAGCUAUUGGUGUUCGUGCUGAG